CCCGCCCGGGGCCUGCUGCCUGCCCGAGGAGUAGCCGCGCAGCUCGCACGGACGCCGUCUCGGCUGCCGGGUGCUCGCCGCCCUCACGACCGGCACUGGCGGCCGGCGGCAGCUGCCGGUACUGCCCAAUCCCCGGCAGCUCCACCGCUGUCCCGGCAGCCCUCGCUGCCGAGCGUACGUCAGCGCCGCCGCCGGGGCGCUCCAGCCGGUAGCGGCCGCUGUCGAUGGUGUUUCGGGAGCUGGUGUCAUGGCGACCGUCGAGGUGGCAGAGGCUGCCAGAGCCGGGAGGAGUCGCUGAGCUGGGCCGGGCUGUGCUGGGGGAAUGUGCGUGGCGGAGGGGUCGCCGAGAACGGUUUGCUUACUCCGCAGCAGGAUUUCUGACCCUCUGUAACGGGGAAAAGGGAGAAGGCCGUCCCCUCACCCGCGGGAGCCGACUGCCAGCGGUGAAGGCCGUCCGGUGCGGGGCUGAACGAGGCCCGAAACCGUCUGAGCGGCGGCGAUGGCGUCGUGGUUGGGUGGGCUGGGCUCAGGACUAGGUCAGUCUCUGGGGCAGGUGGGAGGCAGCCUGUCAUCGCUCACUGGCCAGAUCUCCAGCUUCACUAAGGACAUCCUGCUGGAGGGCGCCGAGGAGGUGGGAGAUGCAGCCACGGAACUCCACAUGUCGAAUUCUAGACUGAGAGAAAUAGAAAGUAUUAACGCAGCACAAAAAUUGGAAAACGAGAGACUGAAAAAAGUUUGUAGUGAUUUAGAAGAAAAGCAUGAAGCAGCAGAGCUUCAAAUAAAGCAGUUAUCUGUAGAAUACCGAAAUCAGCUUCAGCAGAAAGAGGUGGAAAUCAGCCAUCUAAAAGCCAGACAGAAUGCUCUACAGGAACAACUGCAGAAAGUACAGACAGCUGCUCAGUCAGCACAGCUAGGAACUGAUGUUUUGCCACCAGCUGCUACUUCAGCUUCCUAUAUUCCUGUAGUCAGACAUUCAUCAGGUUUUGAAGGAGAUGACAUGGAUUUUGGAGAUAUAAUAUGGUCACAACAAGAAAUAAACAGGUUGUCCAAUAAAGUUUCUGCACUUGAAUCUGAAGUUGACCACUGGAAGCACGUUGCACUGUCUUCCAAAGCAGAAAGGACGAAUGAUACUGAACAAAGUGAAAUAUGCAAACUGCAGAAUAUCAUUAAGGAGCUCAAACAGAAUUUAAGUCAAGAAAUAGACGAACAUCAACAUGAACUUUCAGUACUGCAGGAUGCGCACAGACAAAAGCUAGUAGAGGUUAGUCGUCGACACCGAGAAGAGCUGAGUGAAUAUGAAGAGCGAAUUGAAGAACUUGAGAAUCAGUUACAGCAAGGUGGUGUGUGCACUGAUGCCAUGGAUAACUCUAAAAUUCAUGAACAGCAAAAAAGUUCUCCCUGUCUUGAAGGAGGCCAAUUAGAAGAGUUGCAGGUUGUAAAGGACCUAGAAGAUGAAAUAAAAAAAUUAAACCACAAAUUGUCUUCUGCCAAAGAAGAAAACAAAAUUCUAUUGACAGAGCAAGAACUGGCAAAGGCAGAAAAAAUACAAAUAAUGCAAGAAUAUGAAAAUCUUAAAUCCAACUUUAGUAAGCUUCAAAGUUCUGUUGCAGAGCAAGAUGCUCUCCUGAAAGAGCAGAAGAAGAAGCUCCAAGCAAAGACAUCACUACCAGAAGAUGUUGUCAGGCUACAGCAAGCACUGUUAGAAGCUGAAAAUGAAAUAGCAAGACUUUCAAGUAUAAAUCAGGAAGGACUUGAGAAGGAAUUGACAAGUGCACAACAUAAAAAUGAGGAGAUUAUUUCUGUGAGUGCUGAGAAUCAGAGUUCAGAAUUAAGUCAAUUAAGAGAGGAUUUGAAAAGGAAAGAACAAGAAUUAAAUGAAAGUAUUGCUGAAAGAGAAACGUUGAUAGAGGAGUUGGAAGAACUAGACAAGCAGAAUCAGGAAGCUAAUCAGCAUAUGAUUACACUGAAAGAGCAGCUGUCAAAACAGCACACAGAAACAGAUAAUAUCAUCGAACAACUGAGAGUUGACAUAGAUUGUGAAAGAAAGAAAGUAUCAGAACUAGAAAUUGAGAAGAUGGAAACUCUUAGGGAGUUAGAUAGUCAGAAAGAAAAGCUAAGCCAGUGUUCAUAUGCACUUAAUGAUUUGCAUAUAAGUAAGCAGCAACUUCAAGAUAACAUUAAAGAUCUUCAGGAGCAAUUAAGUAAGGCCCAGGACUGUAAUUUGCAUAAUAAUAAAGAAAUAGGAGAAUUGCGUCAGAGACUGAGAGAAAGGGAGGAGGAACUUUCUGUAUCCCUAAGCAAGCUAACAGAAAAAAGUAAUCAGGAAUCUAGCUACAUUUGUCAAGAUGUGAUUCUGAAAGAAAAAGAAGUAGAAAUUGAAAAACUACAGAAGGACAUUUCAGAAAAUAAACAACUAAAUGAAGACUUGGAGAAAUCUCUAUCUGAUCUCAGAACAGAAAAUGGAAAACUGAUAGCAGACAUUGAAGAACUAAACCAGGAGUUAAGUAACACCACUUCUGAGAAAAACAAAGUUUACUUGGAAAAAGAUGCUGUUGUGGAGGCUUUGAAAAUGGAAAAACGACAGUUAGAGAGUGAAUUGAACCAGACAGAAAAAAGGCUUCUGGAACAAGCACAAAAAUAUAAGCAAACCAUUGAGGAAUUAUCAAAUGCACGUAGUAUGGACACCACUGCACUGCAGCUUGAACAUGAGCGCCUGGUUAAACUCCAUCAGGAGAAAGACUUCAAAAUUGCUGAACUUAAAAGGAGCAUUGAGCAGAUGGAAAUUGAUCAUCAGGAAACAAAGGAGAUGUUGACUACUAGCUUAGGAGGACAAAAGCAGUUGACAGAACUCAUAAAGGAAAAGGAAGUGUUUAUUGACAAAUUGAAAAAUCAAGCCUUACAGGUGAAGCAGGAACUUGAGGAAUAUGUGCAAGCUUCAGAAAACCAAGAUGCCUUAAAACAAAAUUUGGAGGAAAAAGAGAGAAGUCUUGCAGUCAUGAAGGAAGAAAAUAACCAUUUGAAAGAAGAAAUCGAGCGCCUUAAGGAUCAACAAAGUAGAUCUACACCUGUGGUUGAGCCUAAAACUCUAGAUAUCAUUAUUGAACUUGAAAGUGAGGUAACACAAUUAAAAGUGAUAAAGAAUAAUCUUGAAGAAGAAAUAGAAGUUCACAAAAAAACAAUAGAAGAUCAGAAUCAAACAACUGCACAACUUCAACAGUCUUUGCAGGAGCAGAGGAAGGAAAUAGAUGAGUCUAAGUUUCAGUGUGAGCAAAUGAAUGUUACACAUGAAAGGCUUUCUAUGGAGAAGGAUGAGGAAAUUAAAAAUUUGCAGAAAACAAUUGAACAGAUUAAAAGCCAGUUACACAAAGAGAGACAGAUUAUUCAGACCGAUUCUUCUGAUCUUUUUCAGGAUACCAAAGUCCAGACUCUUAAUGGAGAAAAUGGAAAUGAAAAACACGACUUAUCUAAAGCUGAAAUUGAAAGACUGGUAGAAGGUAUCAAAGAAAGGGAGAUGGAGAUAAAGCUUCUAAAUGAAAAGAAUGUUUCUCUAAGUCAGCAAAUCGAUCAGUUGUCAAAGGAUGAAGUUGGCAAACUUAAUCGGAUUAUUCAAGAGAAGGAAAUGGAAAUACAAGCCCUCAAUGCUAGGUUUUCCUCAGCUUCCUAUAGGCAGGAUGUUCUUUGUCUUCAGCAGCAGUUGCAAGCUUAUGUUAGGGAAAGAGAACAAGUAUUAGCAGUUCUAAGUGAAAAGACAAGAGAAAACAGUCAGUUAAAAACAGAGUAUCGUAAUAUCAUGGACAUGGUUGCUGCUAAAGAAGCAGCUUUGGUAAAGUUGCAAGAGGAGAAUCGGAAGUUAUCUAAUAGAUCUGAAAACAGCAGUGAGGACAUGUCUAGAGAAACUAUUCAGAACUUAUCCCGUAUCAUUCGAGAGAAGGAUAUUGAAAUUGAUGCUCUAAGUCAAAAAUGCCAGACUUUGUUGACUGUCUUACAGACAUCAGGUACAGGCACAGGCAAUGGCUCAGGAGGCGUUAACAGUAACCAGUUUGAGGAGCUUCUACAGGAACGUGAUAAACUAAAACAGCAAGUAAAGAAGAUGGAAGAGUGGAAGCAACAAGUAAUAACCACGGUUCAGAACAUGGAGCAUGAAUCAGCUCACCUCCAAGAAGAGCUACACAAGCUUCAAGCACAGUUUUCAGUUGAAAGUGACAGUAAUUCCAAGUUGCAGAUAGAUUAUAAUGGCUUGAUUGAGAGUUAUGAACAGAAUGAGGAAAAGCUGAAAAGUUUCAGUCAGGAAUUGGCACAAGUUCAACACAGCAUAGGACAGCUUCAUAACACCAAGGAUCUUCUCCUGAGUAAACUGGAUUUGGUAACACCAUCUGUGGCAACGACUUCCACUGCUUCACAGCUUUCAGACACUCAAUACAAUACUCCUGAAGUACUCAGUGAUGAGUCUAAACUGCUUCAAAAGGAGUUGAAACAGCUGAAGAAGAAGUUGCAAGAAAAAGAUUCAACUAUCAGGACUCUUCAGGAAAACAAUCAACGGUUAUCUGAUUCUGUGGCUACAGCAUCAGAGAUGGAGAGAAGGAAUCAAGAGGAGACUGAGUCAGAAAUGAGGCAAAUCAAAGAGAAACAUGAUGUCUUACAGAGAUCACUUAGGGAAAAAGACAUAUUAAUUAAAUCUAAAAGUGAUCAGUUACUUUCUGUGAGUGAAAAUCUCAGCAAUAAAGAAAAUGAAAAUGAGGUUUUGAAGCAAGCUGUGACUAACCUUAAAGAAAGAAAUUUGAUUUUAGAGAUGGAUAUUCGAAAACUGAAAGAAGAAAAUGAAAAAAUAGUUGCAAGGUGUAGGGAAAAAGAAACAGAAUUCCGAGCACUUCAGGAGACUAAUAUGCAGUUUUCAAUGAUGCUGAAAGAGAAAGAGUUUGAGUCUCACUCGAUGAAGGAAAAAGCUCUUGCAUUUGAGAAGCUGUUAAAAGAAAAAGAACAGGGCAAGACAGGAGAAUUGAAUCAGCUGUUACAUGAAGUUAAAUCUAUGGAGGAAAAGGCUGUAACUUUUCAGCAAGAGAGAGACCAAGUCAUGGUAGCACUCAAACAAAAGCAAAUGGAGAGCAGCGCUCUGCAGAGUGAGAUACAGCGUUUGCGUGAGAAAGAGCAGCGCCUCAAUCAAGAACUGGAGAGACUACGUAAUCACCUUUUAGAAAUGGAAGACUCCUACACACGAGAAGCUUUAGCUGCAGAAGACAGAGAAGUCAAGCUAAGAAAGAAAGUUUUGGUUUUGGAAGAAAAAAUUGCAUCUUCGUCUACUGCAGUGGAGAACGCCAGCCAUCAAGCUACUCUGCAAGUUGAAUCUUUGCAAGAGCAACUAAACCUGGUUUCCAAGCAGAGAGAUGAAACGGUGCUGCAGCUCACCAUCUCACAGGACCAAGUGAAGCAGUAUGCACUGUCGCUGGCCAACCUGCAGAUGGUACUAGAGCAAUUCCAACAGGAAGAAAAAGCUAUGUAUUCAGCAGAGCUGGAGAAACAUCAAAAACAGACUGCAGAAUGGAAGAAAAAAGCAGAAAGCUUGGAAGAAAAAGUUGUGUCACUGCAGGAAAGUUUAGAAGAGGCAAAUGCUGCACUGGAUGCCGCUUCAAGGCUUACUGAGCAACUUGACAUCAAAGAGGAGCAGAUUGAAGAGCUUAAGAAAGAAGGUGAGAUCAGAAGAGAAAUGUUAGAAGAUGUACAAAAUAAACUAAUGAAUCUUAUGAACAGCACAGAAGGAAAAGUGGACAAGCUCCUGAUGAAAAAUCUCUUUGUUGGACAUUUUCAUACUCCAAAAAGUAAACGUCCUGAAGUGUUAAGGUUAAUGGGAAGUAUCUUGGGAAUAAAAAAGGAAGAACUUGAUCAGUUAUUAUCUGAAGACCAAAGAGGAGUUACGAGAUGGAUGACUGGCUGGCUUGGUGGAGGAGCUGGGUCAAAGAGUGUUCCUAAUACCCCUUUGAGGCCAACUCAUCAAAAUAUUUUUAACAGUUCUUUUUCAGAGUUAUUUGUGAAAUUUCUUGAAACAGAAUCUCGUCCAAGCCUUCCUCCACCUAAGCUCACUGUUCAUGAUAUGAAACCUUUAGGAGCAGCAGGGACUGGUACUCCAUCCAGAAGCCAGAUGCAAGAUUCUGCAGUUUCAGGCACGAGCAGAAGACCCGAUACAAAUCCAUUUUUAGCACCCCGAUCUGCAGCAGUGCCUCUCAUAACACCUGUUAGUAAUUCUGGACAUCUGCUUAUGAAACCUAUUUCUGAUGCAUUGCCCAGUUUUACACCACUGCCAGUGUCCCCUGAUGCCAGUGCUGGAGCUGUACUGAAAGACCUCCUCAAACAAUAGGUGAUCAUAUAUCAAUAUGGUGAUAGUAGCACUUUAAGGAAAACAAGAACACUAUGCUGUAUAUAAUUUAUCACAAUGAGGCCUUCUGUAAAAAGUCAUAUACUUUUUUGCCAUUGUGUCUUGCUUUGGGUGUUGCAGUUGUUGAUUUUGUUUUGAUUUUUGGGGUGUUGAUUGGGUUUUUUUGUAAUUAACCAGUGCUUCUGAAAUUCUAAUGGUGGCAUGAAUAACUGCCUUUAUAUAGCAGGCAUUCAUUUUGGGUGCAGGUUAAAUCUUAAACUGAGAAAAAAAUCUACCUUGUUGCUAGAUUAUCAUAAGACCAAUAGAAGAGGUUUUAAACAUUAGUUAUUCUCUGAGUUGUUUCAGUUCUGCACAGACAACAUUUACUUCUUGGUGUUGAUAGCUGCUUUUCCAUGAUAAUAUCUGCCAUUGGCAGUGGACCUUCAAGAAACUGCCCUACACCCCCCACCCAGACUAGCAGCUCCUUUUAGCAGUCAAACACAUCAGCACCAAGGAAUGAACUGUGGAAGCGAGUGCUUCAUUUUCCAGAGAUAUACAUGUGAUGGAGAGUGGGUAAUUCAGCAGAAGGUUGGUUCACUGUAGCACUCUCAAUGGCAGAAGAUGUAUAUCUGAGAGACAUUUUAUCUUGUGGGAUUUUGUAGAUCCAAAUUAAUGCUUAAAACUUGAACAUAUGUAUAGAAUUUAAAGGGAAGAAGAUGCUUACUUAUCUCAAAUGUGUAAAUAGGUCUUUGUAAGACCGAGGCCAAAGGCAAUUAUUCUGUACAUUUUGCUGUCAAACUUGUACACUUUGUUUAGCAGAUAAAGGAUGAAAUUGCAUACUAAAGGAUAAAAGUCACCUUGCACAAGUCAUGUUCAUAAUAAAUCUGAGCUAAAACUUCAGCUUAAAAAGCAGUUUCUAAAUUUUUUUAUAUGCCAUUCCUUGUUUAGUCAGUGUUAAGGUAACUGUUGUGCAAGUUCUAUAUUAGAACUGUCAACCUUUACUUCUCAUUUUCAUUAAGAUCAUGGAUUAGAUUGUUAUAAGAGUUAUAUUUAAUUAAAAUUAAUUACUGAAACUUGUACAGAAUCAACCAAAAUAAUGCAAGAAGUCUUUGCAUUUAUUUAUAUAGAGGUCAGAUAGUGAACUUCUUUCAUUGCCUUGAAAUUUAGCAAAGUUUUUUAUAAUUACUGUAUUUACCUUAAGACCUGCUUGUCCUCCCCUAUGUUAAGUGUUUCGUAGAAGUUGUACAAAAAAUUGAAAGUGGAUUGACCAUACUGAUUUUUUACUCUAAUUCUUUUAGUCCAUUAUGGAUAAGGUAAUUAAUUUGGCAGUUUUGAUUUCUGAAAGGAUAGCACACAGAGUAUACCAAACAAAAUUCUGCAUUAGGUAAUAAGUGAGAAUUUGAAAUUACCUUGUCUGAGAACAUUUUGGCUUAGUACUUCCUCGUUUAAACUGGACUGGAAUAGGUACCUGGUUUUUCCCUUAUAAUAAAUAUAAAGAAAAGGGCAAUCAGAUGGUUUCUGUGAAGUCUCUCAUGUUCUUCUGUCAAAGCAGAAGGAAAUGUUUAGUGUUAUAAUAUCUAAGUCAUAUAAUUUUAUGUUACAAAUGGGCUUGUGCUGUUCACUAUCCUCUGAAUAAACUAACUGAGCAUA